GGAUUGAUGGCGUCACACUUCCGGCUUGCGCUCUUUCCGAGCCCUCAGUGGGGGGAGGGGCGGAGGGAGUAGGUAUAUAAGAAUCGGUUCUCAGCUUACUCGUCAGCUGCUGUUGGUUUACUUUUCGUGAAGCCAUGUCUGGACGCGGCAAAGGCGGCAAAGGUCUGGGGAAAGGCGGCGCUAAGCGCCACCGCAAGGUUCUGCGCGACAACAUCCAGGGCAUCACUAAACCUGCCAUCCGCCGCCUGGCUCGUCGUGGUGGUGUGAAGCGCAUCUCCGGACUCAUCUAUGAAGAGACCCGCGGGGUCCUGAAAGUGUUUUUGGAGAACGUGAUCCGGGACGCGGUCACCUACACCGAGCAUGCCAAGCGGAAGACAGUCACCGCUAUGGACGUGGUCUACGCUCUCAAACGCCAGGGCCGGAGAGAACCUAGUAUAAUGCAUAUCAGACAUUUGGUUUCUGAUCACUCUCUUGUGAUGGCUCGUACUAAGCAGACUGCUCGGAAGUCCACCGGCGGCAAGGCACCGCGCAAGCAGCUGGCCACUAAGGCGGCCCGCAAGAGCGCGCCAGCUACCGGCGGCGUGAAGAAGCCGCACCGUUACCGGCCCGGCACGGUAGCUCUGCGCGAGAUCCGCCGCUACCAGAAAUCCACGGAGCUGCUGAUCCGCAAGCUACCGUUCCAGCGACUGGUGCGCGAGAUCGCACAGGACUUCAAGACCGACCUGCGCUUCCAGAGCUCGGCGGUGAUGGCGCUGCAGGAGGCGUGCGAGGCCUACCUGGUGGGGCUCUUCGAGGACACCAACCUAGUUAUUUCGGCAGCAACCAUGUCUGGUCGUGGUAAGGGUGGCAAAGGCCUCGGUAAGGGGGGUGCUAAGCGCCAUCGCAAAGUAUUGCGGGACAACAUCCAGGGUAUUACUAAGCCAGCUAUCCGGCGUCUGGCUCGUCGUGGAGGUGUCAAACGUAUCUCUGGUCUUAUCUACGAAGAGACGCGUGGGGUGCUGAAAGUGUUUCUGGAAAAUGUGAUCCGGGACGCGGUCACCUACACGGAGCACGCCAAGCGCAAGACUGUUACCGCCAUGGACGUGGUCUACGCGCUCAAACGUCAGGGCCGUACCCUUUACGGUUUUGGUGGUUGAGUAAAGCAUCUGCUUGAAACGUUUAGAAAAACUAAAGGCCCUUUUCAGGGCCGCCCAA